AUGUCUUUCACAACGAUACAUUCUUCAACACACAGUUGUCCUCCCCAAUCUCAACUCCCACCACCAUCCUCCGUUCACCACCACCCUGCAACCACCAUGGUCCACAUAGCAAGAUUUUACCAAGUUAUCAUAAUUCAACUCAUGUUUACCAUGUUCAUGUUUGUUAAGUCAGACAUAGUAACACGAGAAUUCUAUGACGAGGAAAGGGAUUCAUUGAUUCCAUUUCGGGACUCUAUGAAGUCCAGUUUCAAUUUACAUGGAAACUGGACUGGUCCGCCGUGUCGGACCAAUAUGAGCAGGUGGACGGGAAUUGGGUGUACCAAUUCCCAUAUAACUCACCUGACUCUGGAAUCCAUAAAUUUAUCAGGAUCACUCCCGAUCGGAUUCCUACAAAACAUUACCUUCUUAUCAGAACUCAACUUAAACAACAAUUCCAUUUCCGGAGACCUUCCAACCCUCACCAAUCUUACGAAUCUGGAAUCCGUAUUCCUUUCCGGUAAUCGCUUUUCCGGUCCCAUUCCAUCGGACUACCUCGACCUCCCGAAGCUCACUACACUCGAGAUUCAGGAGAACGAAAUCACAGGCACAAUUCCACCUUUCAAUCAGGAAUCAUUAACUUCUCUCAAUUUGUCAUACAAUAAGCUUUCUGGACCAAUCCCGGAAACAAAAAUCCUAAAGAGAUUCGGAAUCAGUUCAUUUGAUCACAACACAGGGUUAUGUGGAAAGCCUCUGGAAACACCAUGCCCUUUUUCUCCACCUCCAAAAGACAAGAAGAAAACUCUUGAAAUAUGGAGUAUUGUGUUGAUUGCUGCAGCAGCUGCAAUCGUGCCAUUUUUUGUGAUUUUGCUUUUGUUUUGUUGUUACAAAAGAUUUCAAGAAAAAGCAGCUAAGAAACAGAAGGCCAUUGAGGAAAAUCCUAAUGAAGGUGUCGCUAAAGCUCAAUGGUCGCGAAGCACGGAUGAUCCUGAAAAAACGAAAAAUUUGGAGUUUUUUGACAAACAUAAGCCAGUUUUUGACUUGGAUGAUUUGCUGAGAUCAUCGGCUGAAGUACUCGGGAAUGGAAAACUAGGCACCACUUACAAAGCCACACUGGAAUCGGGUAUGGUGGUUGCUGUAAAAAGAAUGAAAGAAAUGAAUUCCUUAAGCAAAAAGGAAUUCGUACAACAAAUGCAAUUACUCGGAAAGUUAAAGCAUCAAAACCUCGUAGAGAUUGUUUCCUUUUACUACUCCAAAGAAGAAAAGCUAAUCAUUCACGAAUUCAUCCAAAAUGGAAGCCUAUUCGAGUUAUUACAUGAAAAUCGAGGGUUUGCGAGAGUACCACUUGAAUGGACAACAAGGGUAGAAAUCAUGAUGGAUGUUGCAAAGGGUUUAAUUUUCUUGGAACAAUCUCUAUCUUCACAAAAGGUGGCUCACGGAAACCUAAAAUCGUCAAAUGUACUUAUCAACUUUACAGAAGAAACCGAAAGCGUACAAGCCAAGCUCACGGAUUAUGGCUGCUUUCCACUUUUACCCUCGCGAAGAUCAUCAGAGAAACUUGCAAUUGGGAAGUGUCCCGAGUUUGUGGAAGGGAAGAAGAUGACAAACAAAGCUGAUGUUUAUUGUUUUGGGGUUUUGCUGUUGGAGGUGAUUACAGGGAAAGUAGCAGGGGAUAAUGAUAAUAAUAACCAUGAGGAUCUUUUAGAUUGGGUUAGAGGUGUUUUGAAUAGUGACUGGUCAAUGGACAUAUUUGACUUGGAAAUAUUAGGAGAGAAAGAAAGGCAUGAAGAUAUGUUGAAGCUCGCUGAGUUAGCACUUGAUUGUACUCACAUUUCACCUGAAAGACGACCUAAAAUGACCCAAAUUUUAAUCAGAUUACAAGAAAUCCAUCAACCCCAAGUCGUCAACAUAGAGGUUAACUCAUAA